AUGGAUCCUUUCGGUCAGACAGCCUUUAUGAAUCCUUCGCCACGUCCCAAGCGCAGACGGCAGUUCGGGGGUCCUCGGCGAGGGUUCUCGAUGGCACCGUUCUCUUCGCUCUCGGCUUCACCGGUGGCGCCGUAUUCGCCGCACAGCACAGCCUGGUUUCGUGCGCCCUCCUCACCCCACAUCCAUAUGCAGGGUAUGCCGGAUGCCUACUCGCACUACCCCGUCCACUUGGCGUUCACGCCUCCGCCUUUCCCUAACCAGCAAGUAUACGGCGCACCCUCGGCGCGCUUCUUUCAGGAUCAUCCCGUACAUCAAGCCAUCCCGGAGCAGUGGCCCAUGAACACUCUACACACAGUGGAGCAGCUUCCCUCGCCUCCGCAACCUGACUCCAAGCAAAAAAAACGCCGCCGAAACCGAAACCAGAGGAGCGAAUCAGCCGGGCAGCUUAUACAAGCUUCGCAGGACGACGAAGGAAGCAGCAGCAACGCCGCUUCUUCCGGCCCCAAAAGAUCCCAGAAUGCCCGUCACAGCUCUCAGUCGACGCGGUGGGCUGUUGAGUCACAGAGCAGCGAGCCCUACGAGGAGGCACCCCCGGCCAAGCGAACACCGAAGAGCUGCUCCCUUCUUCCUUUGGCGGUCCUAGUAGUCCUGGUGAUCGUCGUCAUUUUCGGAUCCGCGGGCAGGCUGUUCAAGGUCAUAUCCGAAGAGUUUCCCCCAGGAGGAGCCAUCGUCAACCGCCGCGGUGUACCUACUCCCACAAAGCCCACUCUCCGUCCUCAGCCGGUCUCGUCGCCGGGCACGGAGUGCAACUCUGAGUCGUGCCAAUGGCAGAGCCGGUACCUGCAUCACAAACUGAACGACUCCAUCCCACCCUGUGAUGAUUUCUACUCGCAUGUCUGCUCGAACGAGUGGUUUCAGAAUGCUGACGUCAGCUUGCAGCCAUACGGUUACUCGGCCUCCACCUCUACCAUGCUUGGCCUGUGGGAUAUGUUGAAGCAGCAACCGGCACACUCCAGAAAAACAUCUUUCUUAAGCGACGCAUCGCAGUUCAUGCAGCGUUGUGUUCCCGGUUCUAAGAAAGACACCGACUGGAAGGUAUUUCGUAGGAUACUGUCCGACGUUGGAAUAGCCGAGUGGCCUUACGGUGACCCCCUCCCGGAUUCCGCGGCGCACAAGUUAGCAGCCAAAGCUGAGAAGAUGCUUGGUUUUUCAACCUUGGUGAGCAUGUCUCUCAGAGAGCGGCCAACAACUCACGAAAUCAUGCUACAUGUGAACUCGCCACCUAUACUGCUCAGAAUUUACAAAGAUGCUUUUCCUGGCAAGGACAUUAAAGCUUACGGCGAAUUCGUUUUCGAAGUGUUGUCAUUGUGGAACCCUGGCGGACAUGACAUUUUGCCAAGCGUGUUGGAAAUCAUGGACUUGGAAGAAAGAAUCAGCAUUGCGGCCUCCCACUCCGCUCGUAGUGUUCCAGUGUUGCACGUGACGCUCUCGAUAGACACGAUAAGAUCAUACCCUCACUGGAACUGGCAAUCAUACUUUCAACACUUCCUUGACGGAAACAUGGGCCAGCAUUCAAGUAGCAAAAUUGCCCUUCUCGAUCCAGUGUAUUUCAACCACCUGUCUAGCAUCCUAGCUCAUGCGACGGCUCGCACCCUGCUAAACUACGUGGGUUACAAACUGGUCGUGUUCCUCUCUCCACUUCUUCCUUCCAACAAAGCUGACUUCAUGGUCCCUCUCAGCUACCAUCAUCAUCUUGCCACUGGCGUCUCGAAGCGACUGGAGGCAUGCAUGUUCCUCCUGGAGCGACUCUACCCCAUCCCCACCAGAGCUCUGGUGUGGUCUCAUCUUCUGAAGAAAGCCCCUUCUCUCUUAUCCGGCGAACUCGCCGAUGAGUUACAAAACAUGGAGCACCUGGCGCGCAACGAAAUGAAACAGGCUGCCACUCACACUUCCUGGUUGACGCAGGAAGAGGCGUCUGUGGCUGUUCAAAAGAUAGAACGCAUGAAGCUAGUGCUGGCACCAAGGAACCAAGACGACGCCCUCCGUCAAGUUCACGUCGCCUUGCAAACUUCUGACAACGUGAGCUUCAUCGAAGCUGUCUACAACACGCAACGCAGCCUGCGCCAGAAGUACUGGCGCAGCGACGACCUCAGCCUCUUCCACGAACCGGUGACAGCGACGGACAGCGCCUUCGUUCCCGGAUUCGUCUACGAGCCGGACCGAAACGAACUGUCCGUGUCUCCGGUGACGGUCGACUUCAUCGUGGGAAUAUCGCGACACCCAGACGCGGUGUCCGUGCCGUUCUUUCUGGGCGAGGUGCUGCGCGGCAUGUUCUCGGCGAUGAGCAUUCGCGGCUCGACCAUCGACGCUGACGGUGACCUCCGCCACUGGUGGACUUCCACGACGGAGGACCGUUUCGUCGAGAGAGCGAAGUGCCUCCAGGACAGCUUCGCCGACGAAACGAGGCGGUACAUCCAGGAGGAACUGCGUGACAAGUUCGUCUUCAUGGAAGAGAACGUUCAGGACGGAGCUGUGCUGCGCCCUUUGUACAACGUCCAUCGGUGGUUGACCAAGAACAGUGGCCCAACCGGUCCCAUUCCUGGUCAAGCCAAGGGCCUCAGUCCCAACAAGCUGUUCUUCAUCAACUGGGCGUCCACGUUCUGCGAGCCGGAGCAGCCGCAAGGCGUGGCGAGAGACCGCGUUCAUUUCAAGAUAUCGGUGCCGCCCAGGACUCGGCUGAACGUUGCCCUGUCGCGGUUUCAACCGUUUUCGACGGUAUUCAAGUGCCCCGUAGGGUCAGAGAUGAACCCGACGAAGGGAUGCUCCUUUUGGUAGCUCUUCCGCGUCUUUUCGUCCAACCCGCCGUUUGUAGAGGAGGUGCAUCAGCCCCUCCAUCCUAGCACGGCAUAGGGCUGUUUCUUCUGUGUGGCGGCAGUCUUUACUAGCAGUCAU